CUUCUCACGCCAACGUCGUCGUCGUCGUCUGCUGCUGCUAUUGCCGCUGCUUCUAUACCACGAACCUGUGACAGUAUCGUCUCACCCCUCUCCCUCCACCUCGUCCUCCUCAUCACCUUUGGCUGUGUCGCUUGGCGAUGCCACUGAAGCCCACGACCAAUACAGUCGCACAUUUCCAUCUUCGCAACAGAGCCAGUCGUCUAUCCUUGCGCCUACUCUCCUCAGCAAUCGCAACACCCACCACAGCCCACAGUCCUCUGCAAAGGCUCCAGCCGCUACACCGUGCUCCCUUCCACCCUAUUCCUCGAUAUCUAUCCACUUCAUCUAGAAUGUCCGCUGCUGCUGCCGCUGACAGUCUCCCCGGGAAGCAGGCCGCCCCGGGUCAGGCCAAGAUCAUCGAUGGUACCGCAUUGGCAAAGUCUGUUCGCGCUUCUGUGGCAGACCGCAUCGCCGAACUCAAGAAGACGAACCCUUCCUUCCAGCCUCACCUGGUCAUCGUACAGGUUGGCGAAGACUCUGCCUCGUCUACCUACAUUCGCAUGAAGCGAUUGGCUGCCGAGGAGUGUGGUAUGAAGUUUACCCACACUCAUCUCCCAGCUGGCGCCUCAGAGAUUGACAUCGUCAAGAGGGUCUCGGACCUCAACGAGGACCCAGCUGUGGACGGUGUCUUGGUCCAGCUCCCUCUCGGCGACCACAUCGACAAUGAUGCCGAACGAAGGGUAACAGAGGCCGUCAGCCCAGCAAAGGACGUCGACGGCUUCCACGCCCUCAACAUUGGCCACCUCUCUUCCAAGGCCUGCAACCCCCUGUUCUUCCCCUGCACCCCUGCCGGCUGUAUCAGGCUUCUUGAGGAGGCGGGUCUAAAUGACCUCUCUGGCCUCCGCGCAACUGUCAUCGGACGUAGCGACAUCGUCGGAAAUCCCGUCAUGUCCCUGCUGCGAUCCAAGAACUGCACUGUCACUCAGGUCCACUCUCGCACCAAAGAUCUGCCCUCUCAUCUCAAGGACGCUGACAUUGUCGUGGCUGCAAUGGGCAAAGCUCACUUUGUCAAGGGAGAGUGGCUUAAGCCUGGCGUCAUCGUCAUCGACGUCGGCACCAACUACAUCGCUGACGCGUCGAAGAAGUCCGGUCAGCGACUGGUGGGAGACGUCGACCCCGAGUCCGCCUCCAAGGUGGCAUCUGCUAUCACCCCUGUUCCCGGUGGUGUGGGACCAAUGACGGUCGCUAUGCUCAUGGAGAAUGUUCUGCGCGGAGCUGAGAGCGCAUUGGCUGCUCGCAAAGGCGGAAAGGGCAGGGGAGUCGCCUCCAUCAACCCCAUUAAGCCUCUGGAGAAGGUCCCUGCCGACAUUAUCGUCGCUCGAAGCCAGAAGCCCAAGCCAAUCUCACUGCUUGCUAAGGAGAUCGGUCUGGUACCCUCUGAGCUGGAGCCGUACGGAGAUGUCAAGGCUAAGGUCUCGCUUGACGUGCUCAAGCGUCUGGCUCACCGACGGGACGGAAAGUAUAUCGUCGUUGCUGGUAUCACGCCUACUCCUCUGGGAGAGGGCAAGUCUACCACUACGAUUGGUCUCGCUCAGGCCCUGGGCGCACAUCUGAACAAGCCCUGCUUUGCUAACGUGCGUCAGCCUUCGCAAGGACCCACUUUCGGUAUCAAGGGAGGAGCUGCAGGAGGCGGUUACUCUCAAGUCAUCCCGAUGGAGGAGUUCAACUUGCACUUGACUGGUGACAACCACGCCGUGCAGGCUGCCAACAACUUGCUCGCUGCUGCUCUAGAUGCCCGCAUGUUCCACGAAGCUACGCAGAAGGAUGGGCCUCUGUUCGACCGCCUGUGCCCCAAGAAGAAGGGGGUCCGUACCUUUGCCCCCGUCAUGUUCCGACGUCUCAAGAAGCUGGGCAUCGACAAGACGAACCCUGACGACCUCACCGACGAGGAGAAGUCCAAGUUCGCACGUCUGGACAUCGACCCUGAGACAGUCACUUGGAAUCGUGUGACAGACACCAAUGAUCGAUACCUGCGAGAGAUCACCAUCGGCCAGGCCCCUACCGAGAAGGGUCUCAGCAGGAAGACUGCGUUUGACAUCGCCGUUGCAUCGGAGUGCAUGGCUGUCCUGGCCUUGGCCAAGGACCUCAAGGACAUGAGGGAGCGACUUGGAAGGAUGGUCGUUGGAACCAGCAGGGCCGGCGACCCCGUCACUGCCGAUGAUCUCGGCGUUGGUGGAGCGCUGGCUGUCCUGAUGAAGGAUGCUAUCAAGCCCAACUUAAUGCAGACUAUCGAAGGCACCCCCGUCUUUGUCCACGCUGGUCCUUUCGCCAACAUUGCCCACGGCAACUCUUCCAUUCUGGCAGACCGGAUUGCUCUGAAGCUGGCUGGUCUCGAGGAGGGCGAAUCAGACGAGCAAGUAGGGUACGUCAUCACCGAAGCUGGAUUCGGUGCCGACAUUGGUAUGGAGAAGUUCUGCAACAUCAAGUGCCGCGAGAGUGGUCUCAAGCCCGACGCCGUGGUCCUGGUCGCCACUGUGCGAGCGCUGAAGACUCACGGAGGUGGACCUGAAGUCACCCCGGGCAAGCCUCUUCACGAGACGUAUUCGCAGGAGAACCUUGAGAUUCUCGAAGCCGGAGCCAGAUCGAAUCUGGUCAAGCACAUCAGCAAUGCCAAGAAGUUCGGCCUGAAGGUCAUCGUAGCCAUCAACAAAUUCACCACCGACACAGAUGCGGAGAUGGAGUUGGUGCGCAAGAUUGCGCUAGAGUAUGGAGCCGACGAGGCUGUCCCUGCCAACCACUGGGCCCUUGGAGGAGCCGGUGCCACUGACCUGGCCCAGGCUGUGAUCCGUCAGCUAGAGGGCUCUGAGUCGAACUUCAAGUUCCUCUACGACGUCAACCUCCCCCUGGUGGAGAAGAUCAACAUCAUUGCCAAGGAGAUGUACGGCGCUGCCGAUGUUUCCUUCGAGCCCGCAGCGCAGAAGCAACUCGAGACGUACACUCGCCAGGGCUUUGGUCACCUGCCCAUCUGCAUGGCCAAGACUCCCCUGUCCCUCAGCCAUGACCCGGCACUCAAGGGUGCACCCACGGGCUUCACCGUGCCCAUUCGAGAGGCACGGCUGAGCGCUGGUGCAGGAUUCAUCUACCCGCAAGUGGGGACCAUCUCGACGAUGCCAGGACUGGGAACACGUCCCGGAUUCUUCGAGCAUGACAUUGAUGAGGAUGGAAACGUCGUUGGUCUCUCAUAGAGCAUUGUCGAUGCCCUGCUCGCAUCUGCCUCCCUUAGCCUUUCUCAAGACUCGUUACCUCCUUCCGAAUCCCAUCCUUCACCAUUUCAACAUGACUUUCUUAAUUCCCCCUCCCCUCCCUUUGCCCCCUGACUCUCUGCCCCGAUUCCCAAGUCAAUCGCUCCGUGCUCCUCUUCUGCCCUUUCUCAACAAAAUUCCAGUGACAAAGAAACAAACAAACAUGUACUUUCGCUCCGACUACCACUACUGACUCCCGUGUAGAGCCUUACACCUGAAACACACUUUUUUUUUGCAAUGAAAUGCAUUCAACAUGAGU